AAGCAAAGCGAAUCGCCGCAAACCCUAGCAGCGUCCUGCACCAAAUCGACCGAUCGGUCUCGUCCUCCCGGCCGUCGAGCUAUGGCGCUACGCAACCUGGCCGUGAAGAUGCGGAUCCCGGCCUCGGCCGGGCCCCGGCUCCUGUCAGCCCCUCGCGUUUUGCCGGCGGCCGGUUCUCGGGCGCUCCCUUUCUCCUCCUCCUCCAAGUCCCCCAUUAAGGUCGCUAGAAGUUGGUACCUGUUACAGCGAGAGCAUUAUGAUGAUCUGACAAAAGAGUUAAGAAACUUAAGCCGUCUGGUUUUGUGGACUGAAAAGUUCGAUCGUUUCCUUAGGCGGGUUUACCUAGUCGGCACUCCUUUAGCCGCUGGUUGUGUGGUCCUAGAGUGGAAUGACUAUCGGAAAGCCAGUGAAGCUGCGAGGAAGUAAUGGCUAUCC